AUGGAAACCCCCGCGAUCCCGAUGCCGCGCGAUGCCCGCGAGCUCGCCGUCCUGCAGCGCCUCACCGAGAUUCGCGAUCAGCUCCUCCUGCUCAAGCAGGACAGAACCACCUAUAUUCGCAGUCAAGAUAUCUUGCCCCUCUACGACCAGACCAUUGCGCAGGUCAAGGAACUCAUUGCCAGCCGCGCAGAGACCGGCGCCGCCGACGAGAAUAGAGUUGACAAGGUGCUUGAGGGCUGCUUCCAGCUCCUCUCGCUCUUCUACCUCACCAUCGGCCGCAACGAAGAGGCCCCUGCUACAUAUGCGCUUACGUCAACGAUCAAGAGACUACUCGAUCACCUCAUGGAGGCAAACUUGUACUCCGCCAAGGAUCUCGAGAGCCUUCAAGCGACACUGGAGCAGCUUUCUACAAACAUAAGCCGCUCGAGUAACCCCGACACUCCAGGGCCGCAGCACUCGCCAUACCUGUUGGAACUCUUGUCGAAGCGUGUCGAGCGAUGCACCGCGACGCUAGGCAAGCUGCAGAAGCGUUUGAACACUCUGGACGAGGCUUCACUCCCCACCUACGAAAAGCUGAUUUCUAUUCUUCGUUCCAUCUCGUAUGCAAAUACCAGAUCCAAGUUCUCCUCCACCGAAGUUCAGAAGCUGCAGAAGCAGUUGCAUGAGAUUGGCGAGAAAAACAACGGAGGAAAAUUCUGCGUCGCGGGUUCGGAAUCACCAGGAGCUGCCACUAUGCAGGAAGUUUAUGACAAGUGCUCUCGCUGGAAGGGAGACGUGCCUGAAUCCUUCCGCGAAACGUACCGCACCCUAGUCGGCAUCCGGAACGAGCUGGAGAAGCUCGCCCUCACACAGGCCUGGUCCCUCCGCGAGACGGAUCUUUAUGAUUUUCAGCGCAAGCUCGACAAGAUUGACGAGAGCCGGCAAAACGGCAAUUUCUUCGACCACAAGCAGCGCCCCGCUGAUCUGUGGACGCAGCGCACCAUGUUGUACCUGAUUCGGCGCAGCUACGCGUACAUUUACUCGUUUAUCCUGUCCUCGGAGCCGGUCUCGGAGGCGCUUCUGCCUAUUUACAACCAGCUGCAGACGCUCAAGCGCUGCCUGAUUGAGGUGAAGAACAAUGGCGGUGUUUCGUCUGUGCGGGAGCUGUAUCCGUAUAGCAUGAAGCUUGCCUCUUUGGAUAAUAUGCGCGUCGAUGGUAAAUUUGUCGUCAAUGGCGAUAUUCCCGAGGGCCAAAGCAGUGUGUCGGAGCUGCUCGCCGAGUGUUUUGAUUUGAACUAUGACUUGCGCGUAGCUGCCGACGAGGACAUUGCGAGCGGCGCGAAGCAAUGA